ACACAGACACAGAGCAACAUGUCUCAGCUCACACAGGACCAGAGCAACAUAUCUCAGCUCACACAGGCACAGAGCAACAUGUCUCAGCUCCAGGGAAUCUGGAACUGUAUCCUACUGUAUGAGACCUGGUUACGGUCUCCCCUUUUCCCUGUACUGUUUUCACUGGCAGUCUACUUAAGCUUCUGUUUACCUUUUGUGCUUCUGGACCUCCUGUCCUCCAGAGUGGACCUUGUGAGGAGAUACAAAAUCCAGCAGAAACCAGUGACCUUGAGGAUGAUGUGGAACUGUCUGGCUCUCUCCCUCUACAAUCAUGUGGUGUACAUCUUCCCGCUGAGCGUGCUGCACUGGUACUGGAGACCAGUCAUCUACCCAGCAGAGGCUCCCAGGGUCCUUGAAGUCAUCGGGCACUUGGUGAGCUGUUUGUUGCUCUUCGAUUUCCAGUACUUCAUCUGGCAUGUGCUGCAUCACAAGGUGCCAUGGCUUUACCGCACAUUCCACAAGGUGCACCAUAAGCACACGUCCACCUUCGUCCUCACUACAGAGUACUCGGGUGCUUGGGAGACGCUCUCACUCGGCCUCUUUGCAGCGAUGAACCCCAUGCUGUUGGGCUGCCAUCCGUUCACUGAGAUGCUUUUUCAUAUCCUGAACAUGUGGCUGUCAGUCGAGGACCACUGUGGGUAUGACCUGCCCUGGGCCACACACAGACUUGUUCCUUUUGGACUGUAUGGAGGCGCGCCACAUCAUGACCUUCAUCACCAGAAGUUCAAGGCCAACUACGCUCCAUACUUUACUCACUGGGACAAGCUGUUCGGGACACUUCACUCAGAGUGAACAGGCAAAGAAGGACUUUCAGAUCACAAUAUUAUUUUGCAUCAAAAUGAUCUCAGAGACUUUUUUGGAUUCAAUGAAUCUACAACAUUAAAUAAUUAAUUAUUAUUGUAAAUCAGCUAAAUGUUAUGCUAUUUAUUGAAAGUAACUUAUGAAGUUGAUUGUCAGUCUUGAUAUGUUUGUAUGUAUUUAACUGGUAUCUAUGAAGUGUAAUUUAUAUGGUUUGUUUUGCUUGUUGACCAAGAACAAAAUCCCAUAAACUGCAUUAAAAAAGCUCUUUGAACAUGAAA